AUGGCAAACCCAGCUCUCGUCAUUGUUCCCGGCUCCUUCGCCCCAACGAAGAUGUAUGAUGAAUUUGUAGAGAGUCUCAAGAGUCACGACAUCAAGACAAUCGUCAUCAACACCCCUUCAGUGGGCAGGAAAGAGGGUCGCCCGCCUGCAACUAUGAGUGACGAUGCUCAAGAGAUUAGCAACGUCGUUUCCAAGCUGCUUGACGAGGGAGAACAGGUCGUGUUAAUGACGCACUCAUACGGCGGUAUCCCUGGGACUGAGAGUCUAAAAACCAUCUCGAGAAAGGCUCGCGAAUCUGAAGGCAAGGAAGGAGGAGUCGACAAGAUUGUCUAUCUCACCUCGGUGGUUUUGCAGCCUGGUACAAGCAAUUUUGACGCCUUUGGCGGGAACCUUCCUGAUUCUCUAACUGUCGAGGAUGAUUACAUGACCCUCGAUACCGAAAUGAAUUCUUCGUUGACCUUUUCGGAUCUUCCUGCUGAGCAAGCACUGGAACUAGCAAAGCAGAUGGAGGAUCACUCGACUCCAAGCUUCAAAGAGAAGCUGACAUAUCCUGGUUACAACGACGUGGAGGUACACUACAUUGUCUGCGAACAAGAUAAAGUUAUCCCGCCUCAGUUCCAGCGCCUCAUGAUUGAAGGUGCCAAGGCGUCGACUGGACGUGAUGUCACAGUUCACACUUUGGAGGCUGGUCAUGUGCCUGUCAUUAGUCAACCUGAGAACACGUCAAAGAUUAUUGAGAAGAUCGUCAAGGUUUAG